AUGCGAGGUGGCUUUGGCCAUUUCUUCAAACGGUUCAAAGUCGACUCGGUGGGUCUGAUGGCCUACCUGUCAGGGUCAGGUGACUCUAAGCCAGUGCCUUCCACUAGCCAAGUAGCUACCCCAUCGAGCGCCACCACGCCCCAGACGCCUAAUUGGGCACCUCACAACUCCAACGCCUCUAUUCCAUCUACCUUCGCCGACAAUCCGAAUGGCAAUGGCACAAACAAGUACCCUGCUCCCUACAAAUGA